AUGGGCGGCGCGAGGCCGACGAAGAAACAGACGUUCAUCAACAAGCUUCGCACGCCGCUGCAGAUCGUGCUCACGUUCGUCGUCGGCCUGCUCAUGCCGUUCGGAUUCUACCUCGUGUGCGACGCGGGUCUCGGCAUCGACAUCGCGCCGUACUGCUACAUCGCGGUCGUCGUCAUGCUCGUUCUCACGGCCACCAUCGUGUACAUCGAGUGCUUUCUCGCGCUCUUUCUCGCGAAAGACCCGCCCGACGAGCCCGCCGCGCCGUACCCGCCCGCGUCGGCCAUUAUCGCGGCGUAUUUGCCCAACGAGGCGGACACGAUUCUGGAGACUAUCGAGGCUUUUCUUCAGAUCGAGUAUCCAGGACCAUUGCAGGUGAGCCACGUGGCAGCCUUUGCCAAGCGCAGUAUCGAGGUGACUUUUGAGUCGACACAAAAGUCAUCUCUCCAUUCCCACAGCCACCAUUCUCACCUCUUCUACCUUCCCUCCUUGCCCAGCAAUCUCCUAUUCCUCUCUUCACCCCCUCCCUAUCUCGCUCCCCCUCCCUCUCCCCUUCCCCCUCUCCUCGUUCCCCCCUCCAGUUCCCCCGAGGUCAUCCUGGCGUACAACACGCCGCGCGACAUGCCCGAGAUGGAGACCAUUCUCGCGGAAAUGGCGCGACAACGCCCGGACCGCUUCCUGGCGUACCGCGUCGUGCACUCGCGCUCCAAGGCCGAGAACGUGAACGCGGCGACGAAGCUCAUCCGCGGCGAGUUCGUCGGCGUGUUCGACGCGGACCAUUGCCCGAACCCGGAUUCCUUCAUGCGCGCGUGGCGCUGGCUCAGCCACGGCUACGACAUCGUGCAAGGACACUGCCUCGUGCGCAACGGGGAGGAUAACUGGGUCGCGCAGGCGGUCGCCGUGGAAUUCGAGACGAUCUACGCCGUCGGUCAUCCGGGAUCGGAGAUAAUACACGGGUUCGGAUUCUUCGGCGGAUCAAACGGGUUCUGGCGAUCAGGGUUGCUAGCGCAAAUCGGAAUGGAUGGGUCUAUGCUCACCGAAGACAUAGACUCGUCUAUCCGCGUGCUUCUCGCGGGCGGGAGGAUCAAAUCCGAUCCAGGAUUGAUGUCUUCCGAGCUCGCGACGACGACGCUGCGGCAGAUCUGGAACCAGAGAUUGCGGUGGGCGCAAGGGUGGUUCCAGGUGUCCAUGCGCCAUUUCUUCUCCGCCAUGGCUUGCCGGAAUCUGUCCGCCUUCCAACGGUUAGGGUUGUUUCACCUGUUCAUCUGGCGGGAGAUCUACCCGUGGAUCUCGAUGCAGAUCCUGCCGUUGCUGGCGUUUAUCUGUUACAAAGCGAACGGAUUCGGCGGGAUAAACUGGCUGGACGCGGUGUACAUGUGCACGACGAUCUUUACGUUCCUGUGCGGGCCCGUGCAGCUGCUGUUCGCGUUUCUGAAGGGCAGCCGCACGGUGCGGAAGCACGGGAACUGGUGGCUGAUGUACCUGGUGUUCGCGUCGCUGUUCUACACGGAGUUUAAGAACGUGAUCGCGCGCGUCGCGCACGUGAAGGAGUUCAUGGGGGAGAAGGCGUGGAUGGUGACGCCGCGCAUGGUGUCCAUGCACAGGCAAGCGCUGGCGGAGCAGCGGAAGCGAGACAUGCGCGUGAUGGUCGGAUGA